AUGACUAGUAACAGGGCGAGGAACGGAGCAAGCAGGCUGAGCAAUAAGAGUGGUUCAGCUCACUCGGAGUGGCCGGGAAUCACCAUUUACGUAAACACCAUGUAUCCCCAAGCGAGCUUCGGAGGCAUCUUCGACAUGCUCAAACUGUAUGAAUGCACAUUCUCGUCCAUUGUGAGCAGCAAGGACCUCACAACGAACAACUAG